AUGUCCUUCUCUUCUCUCGUCCAAGAUCUCGCCUUCCGUGACCACCCCAAUGGCAGAGAGAGCUCGAGUAGCAAUGACAAUCAAUCUACGAUAUCCCGGCCGUCUCAGGCACGGUCAUACACCUCGACCGCCGCGACGAGUGUGAGCAUUGCCGGUGAUAUAUCAAGUCAGCUACACGCUGGAUACAGCCAUCCAUUGUCAAGAGCAUGGCAGGCUGAAAGACAAUUAACAAAGUCAAUGCUCAUCUACCCUCUGUUCAUUACCGACAACCCGAACGAAGUCACUCCCAUCCCCUCGCUACCCAACCAGAACCGGCUAGGCUUGAACAAACUGGUCCCUUUCCUUACUCCGUUGGUACAGAAGGGACUGCGAUCAGUCAUUCUGUUUGGAGUGCCCCUCGCUCCCAGUGCAAAAGAUGCCCUGGGCACUGCAGCAGACGACCCUGAGGGCCCCGUAAUCAAGGGCAUCCAAUUGCUCCGUCGGCAUUUUCCUCAGCUGUUUAUCGUCGCAGACGUCUGCCUCUGUGAGUAUACCUCUCACGGUCACUGCGGCAUUCUACGUGACGACGGGAGUUUGAACAACGCUAUGUCUGUGGAGCGCAUCUCCGACGUCGCUAUGGCUUAUGCUGAGGCCGGUGCCCAUUGCGUCGCACCUUCAGAUAUGAAUGACGGACGGAUACGAGCGAUCAAACUGAAGCUGAUCGAGGCUGGACUUGCGCACCAAGUCAACCUGAUGAGUUACGCUGCCAAGUUUUCGGGUUGUCUGUAUGGACCAUUCCGCGAUGCCGCGGGUUCGUGCCCCUCCUUCGGCGACCGCAAAUGCUACCAACUCCCUCCGGGCGGUCGAGGGCUCGCUCGCCGGGCCAUCGUACGAGAUAUCAAUGAAGGUGCGGAUAUCAUUAUGGUGAAACCCGCCUCGUCGUAUUUGGACAUCAUCUCAGAUGCCAAGGAGAUUGGCAAAGACAUGCCCAUCGCCGCUUACCAGGUCAGUGGCGAAUAUGCCAUGAUCCACGCCGGGGCCAAAGCGGGCGUGUUUGAUCUCAAGAGCAUGGCAUUUGAAAGCACCGAAGGUAUCCUCCGAGCCGGGGCGGGUAUCGUGGUGUCUUACUUCACGCCCGAAUUUCUGGAUUGGUUGAGUGUAUGA